CAAAAUUGGAUUGAACUACUUAGUGGUGAAACAUGGAACCCACUGAAGUUGCACUACCAACUACGAAAUGUCCGUGAACGGUUAGCUAAAAAUCUAGUGGAAAAAGGUGUACUGACAACAGAGAAACAGAACUUCCUUCUUUUUGACAUGACUACGCAUCCUCUCACCAACAACAAUAUCAAACAGCGCCUCAUCAAGAAGGUGCAAGAAGCAGUUCUUGACAAAUGGGUGAAUGACCCUCACCGCAUGGACAAGCGCUUGCUAGCACUUGUUUAUUUAGCCCAUGCUUCAGAUGUUCUGGAGAACGCUUUUGCCCCCCUUUUGGAUGAGCAGUAUGAUUUAGCCACAAAGAGAGUGCGGCAGCUCCUGGAUUUAGACCCUGAGGUUGAAUGUAUGAAAGCCAACACGAAUGAGGUUCUGUGGGCUGUGGUAGCAGCUUUCACAAAAUAACUGCAUUCAGACUGAAGUGUUCUCUUCUUUCAUGUAAACCCGUUGUUUCUCUUCUAUUGACUAUUCAUGUUUUCUGUAAUUUGUACCUUCUCACAUGAUGAAUUGACUCUUGUUUAAUGGGGAUUAUAAAUGGUGUAUUCCUUCCUUCUCUGUGUAUCUGUAUACAGGACCCUGCUGGUACAAGAGACCUUCCUGUUUAAAACAACAGAAAAAGGUUUUACUGCCAUAUUGGCAUUCCAUUUCCUAUUCAGUUUGAGCUAUCUGAAAUACUGCGUUUAAUCUAUUUUUCACCUUAUUGUUGUUGAAGUGGUUUAACGUGGAAAGCACCGCAAGGAGGAGAUGUGCAUGCAGUUGGAUCACUAGUCUCAGCUGACACAGAUGUGUGCAUGCAUCAAUACUUCUGCAGAACAAUUCAUAACAGAUUAAAAAGGGCCUUCUUAAAUCACCAAAGCUCCGUGUUGAAGUGUCUGUCAGGACAUUUUAUAUACUGAUGUUGUUUCAGUUAUAUCUAACAAAAUUACUUUAAAAGCAGAAAUGCCAUUAAGCAGCUUUGUCAAUAGUUCCUGUAAAAUGCCCAUAAAUUUUGUUUUUCAUGCAAGUCUCUUUUGUACUUACAUUUUCAUUAGAACAAUAGCUGAGUCGUAAGGCUAGUAUAGAAAGGUCCAGUUGUUUCAUGAAGCGGUUUGGGGAUGGGAUACAUUCCAUUAUAUUGUAUAUAUAGUUAAAAUUGUAUAUUAACAACUGCCCCAUCUUAGUAUUUUGCGAGACCUACUUAACUGUACACCUGGUGCCCCUUCUUCGCUGUCAGCCAUUGCCAUGUG